CUGUUUCAGUGCGCGCGCACAGCCUUAUUUGUGUAUGUGGAAGGGUGAGCGGCCGACAGUCACACGCCAGAGCAAUUGUAAAUAGCUGCAUCCCGCGGAUGCACGUGGGGAAAAAGCUCUGUUGUUCUGAAUUCUCUUCAGCAAAUAGGAAAAGUAGACGGACCGGGCGAUGCGCACCGAGUCAUCUCCACGAUGCAUAGCAAACCAACGCACAGCCUCGGCGCAGAUACAAAACCAUUUGAGAACGCAAUCAGUGUAGGCAAAUAGAAGCCCUAUUGGCGCAUUGUUUAUUAGUCUUCAGACGCGGUGUCUUUCUAAACGCAGACAGCAAGCUAAUCACACCGGAUCACAUACGGCGUACCAUCUGCUCAUAUCACGAUCGAGCGACAAGAAAGAGUUUGAUCAAGCUGACUGUUUUGGCUGUCCAGACCCUCCAGGUACGGUGGACUACUCUUCGACGUUGGACUGAUGACCCUACUUAUAUUAGGCAUGUCCACAAGCGAGUAGGCGAAACUCUCAAAUGUGUCCUCUAAUUUGAGACAAUGGCUCAUUGCGUUUUGUUGAAUGUCUUGCUGUAACAUCCGCGGAUGAUGGCAGGGGUACACGCAUCUGAAGCUGUGUCGGGACAUUUUUUAGAUCCUACCAUUACCGCCUUGCCGGCACAGGGCGCGACAAAUAUAACGGGUCUGAACAAUGAAGCCGCCGUGCUGCCUUCGACUGGCCCCCGGGCGUACCUGGACGUUUCAGCGGCUGCUUUGGCUGCUUCGCACCCAUUGUAUGGGGCCGAAGGAGUUUACACCAACGGAAGGUACAGAGAGCACAGUAGUCCAAGAAUCGGCAGUGGCAGCCGCGAUAAUUCAGCCGAGCGGAGUCACGGUGGAAGCACACCUUGUGGCAUUAUGAAGGACGUCUCCAAGCAGAGGCAGGUGAGGAAGAAGACAGUGUCCUUUAGCUCCAUGCCCAACGACCGCAAGAUCAACAGCACAGCCGCCUGCAUGGCCUUCAUGAUGGAGGGCUGCGAGAUGAAGAAGGUGCGCUCCAACUCUCGCAUGUACAACCGCUACUUCCUGCUGGACCCGGACAUGCACUGGCUCCGCUGGGAACCCUCCAAGAAGGACUCGGAGAAGGCCAAGCUGGAGAUCAAAAGCAUCAAGGAGGUCCGCCUGGGGAAGAAGACCCCCGUCCUGCGCAGCAACGGCUUGUCGGACCAGUUCCCCGAGGAGUGCGCCUUCUCCAUCAUCUACGGGGACAACUACGAGUCUCUGGACCUUGUCGGCAGCACAGCAGACGUGGUCAGUACCUGGGUGAUGGGCCUGAGGUACCUGGUCUCCUAUGGAAGACACACAGUGGACAUGGUGGAGCCCAGCCAGCCCAGCCUCCGUACCUCCUGGAUCGGCUCCGUGUUUGAGCUGGCUGACAUGGACAAGGAAGGCCACAUAGACCUCUUCAGGGCCACGCAGAUCAUCAAAGGGCUCAACCCGGGUAUGAAGGAAUCCAGGAUCGAGCUCAAAUUCAAGGAGCUGCAGAAGGCCAAAGACCAAUACGGGGAGGACAUCAACGUGGACACCUUCGUGGAAGCUUACUGUGAGCUGUGCACCCGACCCGAGAUCUUCUUCCUGCUGGUGCAGUUCUCCAGCAACAAGGAGUACCUGGACAGCAAGGACCUGAUGCUGUUUGUGGAGGUGGAGCAGGGCGUGGAGGCGGGGACGGAGGACAUUUGCAGGGACAUCGUCCUGAAGUACGAGCCCUCCGCCGAGGGCAGAGAGCGAGGCUACCUCUCCAUCGACGGCUUCACCCACUACCUCCUCUCCUCCGAGUGCCACAUCUUCGACCCCCAGCACAAGCGGGUGUGCCAGGACAUGAACCAGCCCCUGUCGCACUACUACAUCAACUCCUCGCACAACGCCUCCCUGCUGGAGGACCACUUCUGGGGCUCGUCUGACAUCAGCAGCUACAUCCGGGCGCUGAGAAUGGGCUGCCGCAGUCUGGAGGUCAUCGUGUGGGACGGGCCAGACGCCGAGCCCGUGGUGUAUGUGGGCAGCUCUGUGGCCUCUCAGCUAGCCCUCUCCAAGGUCCUGGACGUUAUUAACCAGUAUGCCUUUGAAAGCUCUGAGUACCCUCUGAUCCUCUGCCUGGUGACUCACUGCUGCAUCCCACAGCAGAGAGUCAUGGCCCAGCACAUGAAAAAGAUCCUGGGUGACAAGCUCCACACAGAGCCGCCCAGCGCAGAGGAGCACUACUUGCCUUCCCCAGAGAACCUCAAGGGCAAAAUCCUCCUGAAGGGCAAGCGUCUCCCCUCCAACUGCCCCGACUCUGAGGGAGAGGUGACCGACGAGGAGGAGGGCCUGGAGAUGUCCAGGAGGGUGGGGGCAGACGAGAAGGACCAGUAUAACGGACUAGGCAACAAGAGGCUGAGGCUGUGUAAGGAGCUGUCCGACCUGGUCUCCCUCUGUACGUCAGUGCAGUUCAGGGAUUUCGAAAUCUCCAAGAGGGACCAGAAAUACUGGGAGAUGUGCUCCUUCAACGAGGUGGACGCCAACAGGUUUGCCAAUGAGUUCCCCGAGGAUUUUGUGUGUUACAACAAGCGUUUUCUCUCCAGGGUUUAUCCCACACCCAUGCGUAUCGACGCUAGUAAUAUGAACCCGCAGGACUUCUGGAAAUGUGGAUGCCAGAUAGUGGCCAUGAAUUACCAGACCCCAGGCUUGAUGAUGGACCUAAACCUGGGCUGGUUCAGACAGAAUGGAAACUGUGGCUAUGUGCUUCGACCAUCCAUCAUGAGAGAGGAGGUGUCCUACUUCAGUGCCAACGCCAGGGACUCCCUGCCAGGGGUGUCAGCUCAGCUGCUCCACAUUAAAGUGAUCAGUGGACAGAACCUGCCAAAACCCAGGGGUUCUGCUGCCAAGGGGGACGUGGUGGAGCCCUACAUCUACGUGGAGAUCCACGGGAUCCCUGCCGACUGCGCCGAGCAGAGGACCAAGACCGUGUCUCAGAACGGGGAUAACCCCAUCUUCGACGAGAGCUUCGAGUUCCAGAUCAACCUGCCCGAGUUAGCCGCCCUCCGCUUCGUCGUGCUCGACGACGACUACAUCGGCGACGAGUUCAUCGGGCAGUACACCAUCCCCUUUGAGUGUCUUCAGCCCGGCUACAGGCACGUUCCCCUGCAGUCUUUGACCGGGGAGUUCCUCCCCAACACCACCCUGUUUGUCCACGUGGCCAUCACCAACCGGCGUGGCGGGGGCAAGGCUCAUAAACGGGGCCUGUCGGUGAGAAAGAGCAGAAAGACCAGGGAGUACACCUCCAGCAAGACCACCGGGAUCAAGGUGGUGGACGAGCUGUUCCGAGCCUCCACGCAGCCCCUGAGAGAGGCCACUGACCUCCGCGAGAACGUGCAGAAUGCCAUGGUGUCCUUUAAGGAGCUGUGUGGGCUGACUCCUGCGGCCAACAUGAAGCAGUGCAUCCUCACCGUGUCCACCUGGCUGAUGAACAGUGAGCGAGGCCUGAAGGUCACCGUGGACCUGAGUGAGACCUACCCCACCAUGGAGGCCCAGGGGCUGGUCCCAGAGCUGCUCCGCAAGGUCCUCAACGCCUACGACAUGAUGAUCCAGACGAGCAGGACUCUGAUCGAGUCAGCAGACGGCGUCUACUCCAAGCUCACACAAGCCCAGCGGGCAGGUAAGGACACGUCUCCACCUCACACAUCCGCAUGGCUCACUCCCAGGGCAAAACCAACUCUAAAACCACUGUCACUGAUUCAGAUCAGAUUCGGAUCUGAAUCUGAAACAAGUUGAAUCUCCAAGUAAGUGUACACAAACGAGGAAGCUGCUUUGGUGGGCAGGUGCUGGGCAUAAACAUAUUAGAAUCUUAGGAGAUAAGUGGCUGCGUAGACUAUUAUGGGAUACACAGCUAUUCCAAACCGAUGUCAACAGCGGCCUCAUCAUUGGCAUCAGCAUGGUCGUCAUCGGCGACGGACGUGCUGUGUCGUUUGCAAUGCGUCAUUGCCGUCCUUUGUGAGUCACGACAGACGGCCUGGGAUGUCAACAGGGAGGGAAUUGCUAUCUCUGAGUCCCUGAAGAGACAGGGUGACAAAGAGGAGGAGGUGGAGAAAACACUGUCCAUUACAUUGACUACCAUACGACUGCAUAGAAAUACCUUUAGUAACAACAUUGGAACUGCUAGUUAGUUAUGGUUUAAAUAAGGUCUACCGGUACGAACUAUUACAUCAGCAGCUGGGCUUUCCAGGUGUUAGCGGGUUGUUAACAUUCAAAACCCAAAUCUUGUUUUGGGAACACAACCUUCAACUUCUCCUUUACAUUUAGUCAUUUAGUAGACACUCUUAUCCACAGCGACUU